AUGGCUCCAUGGAAGCGCAUUGCAUCACUCGGAGCUCCCUUGCUGCGCGGCGCCGGAGCGGAUCUGGCCCAGGCCGAUGAUGCUCGGCAGCUUUACUCCGUCCCGCUGCCCACGAGCCUGGAGUUCGUGGAUGCAGACCUGGCGACCGGCCUCAUUGGUGGAACAUUGUCCUGGGUCCCUCCGGCAAGCAUCAGCGAAGUUAUCAGCUACACGAUCUACCUGGCGGACGGCGCGAACACGCCCAGUAGCCGAACUACACUAGGCUCCGUCGCGGUCGGCACGAACUCCUUGGCAGUAUCCUCGGGCACGGCCAGCAGCAGUUCUGCCUCACAUUUCUUCGUUCACUCUGAGUCUGCCCUGGGAUUGAAUCCCAACGGUGCAGGUCUGGAGAUCUGCGACGUAUCUGCCUCAGACAGUCUGUUCCUGCAGAAUGCAGUGGUGACCAGCGACCCCUGGGGCGUCGCAGACCUAAGCUUCCACCGAGAGGCCGAUUGCUCGGACACGGCCAUUGGCUUCGUACAGGCGGGCAUCUCAGGUGCGCAGGCCGGCUACGAAGAGUCGAAGGCGGUGGACGGAGAUCCGAAUACUCCCUGGGUGUCUUCCUGCUCCGCAUGUUCCGUGGGGCAGGCGCUGAUCGGCGUGAUCGGCGUGUGCAAACCCGAGGAGGUUCGCUGUGUGCAGCUCCGCCAGUGCACCCUCAACCGCGGCGACUACGGCUGCCCUGUAACUGCCUCCAGAGCUCCGCAAAUCUCGCUGCUGGUGCAGGGGCAGCACACCUUUACGUGGAGGGUGAUGCAGGGCCAGACGGACGCUGUGACGCCGGCGGUGGAAGUAGAACUGCUUUCAGUGCCCAGCCGCCGUCGUCGAGCUACUCUUUCCGCCUUCGUGGACGUGUCUUACCAAGUUGAGCCGAACGCCACCGUGAAUCCGGGCUUUUCGUCGCGCUGA